CCUUAUUUCUGUGAUUAAAGCAAGCCAUCCACCAUCCAGCUCCCAAACCGCGUGUCCCGCCUCUUCUCUCACUUCGGCUCUCCACAUUCGUUAGGUGCUUCUUCGCAAUUUUGACGAUGCAUUCUUUGAACGCCGCUCUCCUGGCACUGCUCGCCAUCCGCUGCAAUGGCCAGCAGAUGCCAUCUGGGAUCCUGGGUUUCAACUCGGGCGCCACCAAGGACAACAAUGCCGCCAAGGCUCAGUCCGAUUUCCAAGACGAGUUCACGACGGCCCAGGAUCUCCGGGGGUCCCCGGGGCUCUUCAACAGCGUGCGGCUGUACACCAUGAUCCAAGCCGGCACCCAGACCGACCCCAUCUCGGCUUUUCCUGCAGCCCUUGCAACCAACACCUCGAUGCUGCUUGGCAUUUGGUGCUCGGGCACUGAAUCAAUUGAGAAAGAACUGACUGCGAUGCAAAAGGCCAUCGACCAGCAUGGUCAACAAUUCGCCGACCUUGUCGUGGCCAUCUCUGUUGGAAGCGAGGACCUCUACCGUGCCUCAGAAUCCGGCGUACAGAACGAUGCAGGAAUAGGACAGGGACCAGACACAAUCGUGAAGUUUAUCCGCGAUGUCCGUGCUGCCAUCAAUGGCACAAUCCUCAGCGAUAAGCCGGUUGGGCACGUCGACUCGUGGAGCGCGUGGGCGAACGAGAGCAACAGUGCCGUCGUCCAGGAGGUCGACUGGCUGGGGACCGACGUCUACCCUUACUACGAACGAGACAAGGGCAACGACUUCAGCAACGCCACGACCAUCUUCGAUUACAUCUACGGACAAUCUCUCAAUGCCUCCCAGGGGAAGCCUGUCUGGGUGACCGAGACGGGCUACCCGGGCUCGGGCCCGGAUUUUGGACAGGCCGUCGCCAGCGUAUCCAACGCCGGUCAGUACUGGCAGGAGAUUGGGUGCGACAGGCUCUUUGGACGGGUCAAUACGUGGUGGUAUACUCUGAGGGACUCCAAUCCUGCGAACAAGGAGAAGUUUGCCAUCACCGACGACUUGAGCUCCACGGCCAAGUUCAACCUCACUUGCGCUCCUGGCAGUGGAGCCCCUGUUGCCAUUAAUCUUCAGUCCUCGGCACCCUCGGUUUACUUUGACCAUGUCCUUUUCAUGUUAUCUGUACUCACAAUCGGUUUCUGGGUCGUUCUGUAG